UUUUAAAUUGGACAAGUCAACAACUAUUUUUAGUACUAUGAAAAACUAUUUUUGGAUGGAGCAUUUAUCAUAAUAAAAAAAUAGUUUUAUUAAGUAUAUUAAAAAUAUAAGAAAACAAUCAACAAUCAAGGAAAAUUUUUUGACUCUCAUUUUUCGUUCAUUACAAUCUCGAUAACUUCUUGACGGGUCAAUAAAUCGCUCAUUUAUUAACUUAUCCCAUUUUAAUCCGACAAAUUGAAGUAGAGAUGGACUAAAAAAAAAAAGAAAUGACAAAUUGGGUGAAAUCUGUAAUCAACUGAAACUUUUAUUUAAAAACUAUAGGGGUCUAAGUGUCAGUUCAUAAACUAAGUAACUAACUUAAUAGGCCCACUUAAGUAACGUAUAAGUACUCUUUUCUCAGCUCACUGUACAAUUCGCACUCAAAAAAUCACCAAAAUCUGAUCAAAUUCCCCCAUUUAUAUUGAGCAGCAGAGUCACUUCGCCGCCACAAUUCCGCCGCCAUGAAGAACUUCAGCUACGACGAUUUUGAACUGAAAGAGAUUCAAAAGCUCGGAAAAGUUUUGGGCAUAGCUUGGAAGGUGGACACCGGCGUAUCGGGUUUUCUGGCAGUAAUGGCAUCCUGGAGUGAUGAUAAAACCAUACGGAUCUGGGAAGAGAACUUAUCUGGCUUUUUCGUGUGUAAGGCUGUUUUGGAGGAAUCAUCUACUGUUAGAUCGUGUUCCUGGUCACGGGAAUUGAACUUGUUGGCAGCAGGUUGCUCUGAUGCCACCACUGCCAUUUGGAAAAAUGUUGGUGAUCAUGCCUAUGAGCGUAUCUACACUUUAAAGGGUCAUGAGAAUGAAGUGAGGAGUGUUUCGUGGGAUAUGCGAGGGCUACUACUUGCGACAUGUGGAGGUGAUAAGUCAAUUUGGAUAUGGGAAGCUUUGCCUGGAGAUGAGUUUGAUUGUGCUUCAGUGUUACAAGGACAUACCGCAGAUGUUAAGAUUGUUCAAUGGAAUGCUGUUAAUGAGUUAUUGUCCGUUAGUAGUGAUAACAACAUUAAGGUUUGGAAAGAGACAAGUUAUGACAGUGGUGAUUGGCCUUGUAUUAAAACUUUGGGCGAGUCCGACAGAGAAGAUACUUCUGCUGUGCUGUCUCUCUGUUUUAGUUAACAUGCAAGUAGAAUUGUAUCUUGCAGUGAUGACCUUACCGUCAAGAUAUGGGAUUGUGAUCAUGAUUCUAUAGAACUUUGGUCACAAGUUUGCACUCUACCUGGACAUCAUGAUACGAAAAUCUUUGCAUUUGACUGGUUGAGGGAAUCACUCCGUUGGGUACCUGAGGAGGAAGAACAGGACCCAAAAAUAUUUGCUAGUGCAGGAGCUGAUGACGCUAUACAUAUAUUUAUCGAGAAUAAGGACAAUGAGGUUGAUGGACUUCCAUUCAAACAACUUUUGAAGAAGGAGAAGGCUCAUGAAACGAACAUAAAUUCUGUAAAAUGGCACUCUGGGGAUAAAAGGCGUUUGGCGUCCGCCAGUGAUGAUGGAACGGUGAAGAUAUGGGAGUUUGUUUGUCUCUGGCCUGCUAGCCACAAUGCCAUAGAUGAUACUAGUAAAAAAUAUAUGUUGUUAUAUUAACUUUGAGCAUGUUGAAGCCUCAAACUUCCAGAAUUUUUUUUUUCUCGAAUAUGAGACCUUUGCUCAAGGGUAGAGGGACUCUAGCUAUCCACCACAUUCCUUAGUGAUAUAUAUCAUUAUUAUAUAUUAUAUAAGAAAAAUAAGAGAAUAUAUGUGCAAAGUUGAUACCAUCAUUUCUGCUUCAAUAUUUUUAUCAAUGAUGUAGCUCUAAGAACCAUAAUUCACAGCAAACAAGUACUCAAGAUUUGAAGUUUAUGA